AUGGCAACGGGAAGGCCGCAGGGGGGUAGGGUUUUAGCGGGGGAGGAGGAUGAGCGGAGCAGAGGGGGGGAUAUGGUUGCGCGGGUGGUGAGGGGAGUGAAAGCGGCGGUGGUGAGAUGGAUGUUACCAGAGGGUUAUCCCGAUAGUGUGACUCCUGACUAUAUGGAGUACACAGUGUGGCGCAUGCGGCAAACAGUGGCGAGCGAAAUGAACCACGUGCUUACAACGCAGGCAAUGCUGUACGCGGUGGGGCUGGGCAAGGGCGCCAUCCCAGCAGCAGCCGCGGUCAACUGGGUCCUAAAGGACGGGCUGGGCUACGCAGCAAAAGUCACGCUCUCCCAGUUUGGCCGCCAUUUCGACGUCUCCCCCAAGCGCUCGCGCCUCCUCUCCGACCUCGUCGAGAACCUCUCCGCCUCCCUCGAGCUCCUCACCGCCACCUUCCCGCAGUACUUCGUUCAACUGGCUGCUGCAGCCGGGGCAGGGUUCUCUGCUUCCAGUCUCGUGCAGAGUGCCACGAGAAACCGGUUUUACGCCGGGCUGGCAGGCAGAAGAAAUUUCGCCGAGGUGCUAGCACGCGCAGAGGCACAGGGCAUGGUGAGCAAGACAUUGGGGAUGGCACUAGGCAUCGCCAUCGCUCCACACGUGGGCAACCGGGGCCCUCUACUCUGGGCGACUCAUGGCCUGCUGUCCGCCGCGCACCUGUUCUGCAACUACCGCUCGUACAAGGCUGUACAACUCAGGACACUCAACCCCUUCAGAGCAGAUAUUGUCCUGGCAGAGUAUGUGACCAAUGGCAGGGUGCCAGGUGUCAUUGACGUCAACUCACAGGAGCCCAUUCUGCCGCCCCUCAAAUCGAUAUUUUCGCCCAAGCGAGAAUUGGAUCGAGUUUGGGGUGCCCUUGGCAGCAGUGGCGCACACAGAGAGACGUCUCAACCCGCACCUUCUCUCCAUUUCCUCUCCGUUCCCUUCUACUCCAAUGACAAUCCACCACCAGCGCCUGGGACAGGGAGCGAGAACUGGAUCGAGUUUGGAGUGCCUUUGGCCGCAGUGGCGCACACAGAGCGGGAGGCAGAGACCAUGGCUGAUAUAUUCCGAGGAGAGAAGUAUUUGCUUGGGCGGGACGAGCGAACUGGACAGAUGCAGGUUGUGUUGAAGGAAGGAGCUCUCCCAAGGGACUUCCUCCGAGCAGCCCUCCAAGCCGCCUACCUGCGCACGCUCGCCCCACACUCCCUCUGCCCCACAACCCACUCUCUCGCCCCUCAAGCGCGCACCCACGUCCAAGCCCGCGCAGCUGAGUUCGCCUCGUUUGGGAAACUAGAGGUGCUGCAUGCUUCAUAUAACCGCAUGGCGGGGGGGUUUGACGGGUUGUGUGAGGAGCUGAGAGCGAGUGGGUGGCGCUGCGAUGAUGGCUUGCUGGCGCGGCCGGGGGAUUGGCGACUGCUGCUGGAAUCAGCUGAUAAGAGCAAGUGA